CCAACAACUUUUUCCUCUGGUGGGAAACAACCUAAGGAGCCAAAAUGUAACUCUGUCAGCAUUCAUGAAGAAAACAGACUCUUCCAUCACCCAAAACAAGGAGUGCUUCUCCAAAGUAACUGUAGAAUCAGAUGGCUGUGAAAUUCUCUCCACGAGCAACCAAACAACUGGUCUGAUCUUGCCAUGGCCAAUGCUUCUGAUUCAUUCCCGAAGGAUAUUUUUUAUCCUGCUCAUUCUCAGGACUCCAGCAGUGAUAUCAGCACAGCUGACCUCCUCUUGCUGAGCAGGCAGAAUCGUCUAAUGAAUGGGAAUAAUCAAAACUUCCACACAUCAUCCCCCAUGGGAAGAGUUAUCCUUAUCAACACACCACUGGAAGCUAACAGUGAUGAGAGUGAUGCUAUCAAUGCCAUUACAGUGGAGAAGAGCAAAGAGGGGAAGCUGGGUUUCAGUGUGCGUGGGGGCUCUGAACAUGGCCUGGGUAUUUUUGUCAGCAAGGUGGAAGAGGGCAGCAGUGCAGAACAGGCUGGACUUUGUGUUGGGGAUAAAAUCACAGAGGUGAACAGUGUGAGCUUGGAGAACAUUACAAUGGGAAGCGCCAUCAAAGUCCUGACAGGGAAUAACAGGUUGCGAAUGGUUGUGAGACGCAUGGGCAAAGUGCCAGGGAUAAAGUUUUCCAAAGAAAAGACUACAUGGGUUGAUGUGGUCAACAGGCGGUUGAUUGUGGAGAGGAGUGGCUCAAGUCCCUCGAAUAUCAGCUCUGAGAUUGGAAGGCAACGCAUUGUCCAUCUCUACACCACAUCUGAUGAUUAUUGCUUGGGUUUCAACAUCCGUGGAGGGAAGGAGUAUGGCCUUGGCAUCUAUGUCUCCAAAGUGGAUCCUGGCGGGCUGGCUGAGCAACAUGGGAUCAAAGUUGGUGACCAAGUCCUUGCAGCCAAUGGAGUCAAGUUUGAUAACAUCAGCCAUAGCAGGGCAGUGGAAGUGCUAAAGGGGCAGACCCACAUCAUGCUGACCAUUAAGGAAACAGGGAGAUUCCCGGCAUACAAGGAGAUGGUGGCCGAGUACUGCUGGCUCAACAGAUUGACCAAUGGCCAGUUGCAGAAGCUGUCCCAAACCUCUGAAUCCAGCUCAUCCAUGUCAUCUUACUCCUCAGGGACCCCCUUAAGCUCCAUGAAUGGCCUGUUUAUGGCCCCAGUUCCCAGCUCAGCUCAAAAUUGCAUGGUUGAUGUUGGCAUCUCCACAGAGCUGCCAGUUCAGAGCCAUUUGUCACAGAGGGCAGAAACUGCCAUGCAGACAGAACCAUUGCCUGAUGGGGCCUCCUUUUCAGGGAGCCUGAUCUCUGAGACCCAGCGGAUUGUGCAGCCCAUGGAAAUCCUAAAAGACACAGCCAUUCGCACAGAAAGCCUCAAAGAGUCCUUCCACCUAAGGAAGCACCAGCCAUUUGUUAGCAAGGAAACAACAGAGCCAUCCCCCAAAAUGGCACUUCUACUAGCACUCAGCCAUCCCCGUCAGCCCAUUAAGAGAUCACAGAGCUAUCUGACCGUCUGUGAGGACAAGCAUCAAAGAAAGAAAGGGAAGCCGGUAUUGUCAGAGAAAAAAGUCACUCUCCAGCGCUCCAAAACCUUAAUGAACCUAUUCUUUAAGAGCACCCAACUAGGGAGGCCAAGCUCAACAACUGGAUCCCUGGAAUCAAAAAGGCAGCCCAAAGUCCCUGCACAGACUGAAGGGGAGAAAGAAAAAGGCUGCUCCUUCAUGUCUCUGAGAUCCAAGGCCUCAGUUCCCUCAUCCAACAAACACAGUGGCCGUGAGCCCAGCAAAACUAUUGACAGCCACCUGCUGCUGAUUGAGGACACGGCCAGGAAGCUGCUGAUGGAAGAUGAAGUGGCAGCUGUACUGCGACACUGUAGCCGGUACAUCCAGGAAAGCGGGGUAGAAGAUCUGGUGAGGCCUCUGCUGGCAAUUCUUGACCGUCCUGAGAAGCUGCUGCUUCUCCGAGAUAUCAGAUAUGUGAUUGCCCCUACAGAUCUUGGCCGCUUUGACAGUAUGAUUGUUCCCCUGGAGAUGGAAGCCUAUGAUGCACUCAAGAGCAGAAUGGGUGAAGAAACCUCGAGAUCACCUGCUCUCCGCCCAGCACAGCAUGAAACACCCCCAAAGAGACAUCUUAUCACUCCAGUGCCUGAUUUCAGGGGUAGUUUCCUUCUGAAACCAGUGAUGACCAACAAGGCAAAGGGGGAGGAGGAACACAAGGAGAUCCUGAAGGAUGCCAUGAGGAGGCUGCAGCUCUCUCCCAGCCCUGGACAGACUCAACCUCAAAGCUAUACUCCUCUUGCUGAUGUGCCAGUGGAUGCUUACACACCCAACAGGGUCUUCUCUUCAGUGACCAGUGGCAAGGAACCCCACUGGAGUCUAACUAAACCUACAAAACCCUCAAUGAACUCCCCACACACUGUAUCCUGUCAGGUGCAAUCCCUGGAGCAUGGAGAUGGACAACCUGGCAGCAGGAGGCCGCCUACUCCAAAAUCAAGCCAUGGACAAGCCAUGGCAGGGGGACCACAUGGGGAAGUCUCACCUGCCAGGGAUACCCUCUAUUCUGUUAUCAAUCGACCACACAGAGCUAGGCCCCUGCUCUCACAGCUCUUCAAGGAAACCCCAGCUACGAACAAGGGAAUGCAAACAGAAAUGGGAGAUGAGGUUUCAGAUAAGCUGCUCCAAAAUGGCCCCAGUAACAAGGAGGAAGAGGAAUAUGAACUGGUGGCUGUCAGCCUGUCCAAGAACAAGCAAUCUCUGGGCAUCAGUAUUUCAGGGGGAAUAGAAUCCAAAUUGCAGCCAAUGGUGAAGAUUGAGAAGAUAUUUCCUGGGGGAGCAGCAUCUCUGAGUGGAGAAUUGGAGGCUGGCUAUGAGCUGGUUGCAGUAGAAGGAGAGAGUCUGCAGAAUGUAACACACCAGCGAGCUGUGGACAUAAUCCGCCAAGCCUAUCGCAACAAAGCUAAGGAGCCCAUGGAGAUUGUGGUGAAGGUGCCGAAGAAAAUCAAAUAAAUGUUGCAGAUAAGAGGAAAAUCAAAUAAAUGUUGCAGAUCAAGCAGUUUACGCUGAAGAAUGUGGUAAGCUCAGAAAUCAGAAAGAGCUGCAAUGCUACUAUUAAUGAAGGAUCUGUUUAACUGUAUCUGCCUAUUGUUCAGAAAGGUUUGGUACCAGAGAAACAAACUGCUACCUGGGUUACUAAAAUAUCUGCCACUCAGCAAGCUUUCAGGCUUAAUGGAGUAAGUAAUAGUUUUCCAGUUCUAGAGAGGCAUGUUUGGAACAGGACCAGGAAAGAUGAAGAUCACACUGCCCAAUACAAGCAACAACUAUUGUUUCCAAAACUAUAGUUAGCUGCAAGUGGACAGCUGUCACUAAGAGCAAUUGCUUUGCAAUGAAUUUCCUGCUGAAAUGAACUAGCAUCUCAGAGGGGGAAACACUGUUUUUGACAUUCAGACCCCCACCCCAAGUUGACAUUCCUAGAUGAUAAGGCCAGCUCCAGCUAACAGGAGCCAGAAGGAAAGGACUACAAAGAAAUAUCAAUAUAAUAAUUGGGGGGAUAUUGUUAACUCAGGUUCAGUAAUGCACAAUAGCACAAUUGUAAAUUUACAUAUAUUCAUGCAUUUCCAAUGAACCAUGGAGUUUGAAAGACAAUAAUCCAGAAUCUCAGAUUGUAAAUUCAAGACUCUGGACUUAAUAUUCUCACUGAAACUCUUAAAUCCAUUGUUGAGUGAGCAGCAAACUGGCAGCAAUCCCAAAAGGAACAUCCAGAAAAACAAAGAAGUAGUCAUUGUUUGCAUCCAGCCUCAAAGCCACCCUCAGUGAUUGCCAUAGUGCAAGCCAGCAAGGAACACAGACUGAAGAAAAUAAAGUUUCUGCUGCUUGUGGUCUUCUCUGAAAGCCAGAUUCACUGGUGUCCUCAGGAUUGUGUUGGUUAUCGCCUAACAGAGAAGAUUAACUAAAGGAAUAUUGCAAUCAUUUUCUCACUCCUGAACUGAAGUAACUAUUUUUGAUCAGAGUUGGCUGAUUUCCAAGUGACAAGUCAUUAUUUCUCAUAUGGAACAACUGCCUGAUGUUUACAAAGUGCUGCCACAUGCAUUUUACAGGUGGGGGGGGGGAACAGUGGUUAAGAAGUUCAUUUAGACAAAGUUUUGUUUUUACACCCAGGAACAAGAGCAGGGA